AGGUAGAAAGUCUUCUCUCUCACAAUGUUCAGCCAUGACAACCUACCAUAACCGAAUGUUAGGAGAUAGCAGAGUGUCAAAGAUGGUUGAAAAAGCCAAUGUAUUUGAAGAAACGACAAAGGUUUUGGCUAGAAAGUUAGGGUUAAAGAGCGAAGAAGUUUCUGCUUUAGCCGAUGUCAGUUUAAAAUCAAGCAAGUUGGGAAGUAUGUUCAGUGAAGAUGAAGAGCAAAAAACGUGUAGUUGUGCACAAAAAUACCGGGAAUUUGACGGAACGUGUAACCGUUUACAAUCUCCUAAAGACGGUUCUGCUUUCACCUGUUUGACAAGACUUCUUCCAGCCAAAUACGCUGACGGACCCCGGGAUCAGUUAAAUUCUCCCACCAGUUGCGUUGACGGUUCCAUGAUUUACGGAAGUGAUCUUCACACCGUUCAAUCACUGCGACUAUUUCAAGACG